CCCAUGUCUUCUGUCUGAACAACAUGAACGUUACAGUGUCUGUGAAUAAACAUGAUCAGCCAGUGAAGGAUAAACUACAGAGAGUCAAAGACCAGUUCAAAACCAGCAUGAAGAAGAAAUAUGAGAGAUUAUUUGAGGGAAUGACACUCCAGGGGAAUGAAAGCCUCCUGGACAGGAUCUACACACAGCUCUACAUCAUAGAGGGAGAGAGUGAAGGAGUGAAUGAAGAACAUGAGGUGUUACAGAUAGAGAACACAACCAGAAUACAAAGCUCACAAGACACUUCAAUCCACUGCAAUGAAAUCUUUAAAGCCUCACCUGAACCAGGAUGUGAGGAGAAAGACCAGAUCAAGACUGUUCUUACUAAAGGCAUUGCUGGAAUUGGAAAAACCGUCUCUGUGCAGAAGUUCAUUCUGGACUGGGCCGAGGGAAAAGCCAAUCAGGAUGUCGAUUUCAUGUUUGUGCUUCCAUUUCGAGAGUUGAACUUGAUCAGAGAUCAUCAGUACAGUCUUCACAGACUUCUGCUGGACUUUCAUCCUGAACUUCAAAAUCUGGACUCAAAGAUUUAUGAGGAGUGUAAAAUUGUGUUCAUCUUUGAUGGUCUGGAUGAAAGCAGAAUCCCACUGAUGUUUUCAGAUUAUCAGAAGGUUUGUGAUGUGACUGAGACUUCAUUGGUGGGUGUGUUGAUGUCAAACCUCAUAAAAGGAGAGCUGCUUCCCUCUGCUCUCAUCUGGAUCACCUCCAGACCAGCAGCAGCCAAUCAGAUCCCUCCCGAGUACAUCAACCGUCUGACAGAAAUACAGGGGUUCACUGAUCCUCAGAAGGAGGAAUAUUUCCGGAAGAGAAUCAGUGACCAGCAUCAAGCCAGCAGAAUCAUCUCACACAUUAGAAGAACAAGAAGCCUCCACAUCAUGUGCCACAUCCCUGUCUUCUGCUGGAUCUCAUCCACUGUGCUUCAGAAGCUCCUGGAAGAAGAUCUGAGUGCAGAAAUCCCUCAAACUCUGACUGAAAUGUACAUCCACUUCCUGCUGAUUCAGAUCAACACGAGGAGCCAGAAGUAUGAAGAGAAACAUCCAAAGGAACUCCUGCAGUCCAACAGAGAAGUGAUUGUGAAACUAGCUGACGUGGCUUUCAGACAGCUGAUGAAGGGCAAUGUGAUGUUUUAUGAGGAGGACCUGAUUGAGAGCGGUAUAGAUGUCACUGACGCUUCAGUGUAUUCUGGGAUUUGCACUGAGAUCUUUAAGGAGGAAUCUGUGAUUCAUCAGAGGAAGGUCUACAGCUUCAUCCAUCUGAGCAUUCAGGAGUUUCUUGCUGCUUUUUAUCUGUUUUACUGCUAUUUAACAAAGAACAAGAAGCCACUGGAGAUUUUUCUGCAUGGAUUUAAAUGUAACAGAUUUAAAGUCUCGCUGUAUAAUCUAAUAAGAUCAGCGGUAAAUAAAGCACUCCAGAGUGAGAAUGGACACCUGGAUCUGUUCCUGCGGUUCUUGCUGGGCGUCACACUGAAGUCCAAUCAGAGACUCUUACAGGAUCUACUGUCACACACCGAGAACAGAUCAGAGAGCAUCAAAGAAACCACACAGGACAUUAAAGAUAAGAUCAAAGAUGCAUAUAAUAGUUAUCAUCUCUCAGCUGGUCAAUCCAUCAAUCUGUUCCUCUGUCUACUGGAAGUGAAAGAUCAGACUCUGUCCAGAGAGAUUCAGGAGUUUGUGAAAUCAGACAAACACUCAGAGAAGAAACUCUCUCCUUCUCACUGCUCAGCAAUCUCCUACAUGCUUCAGAUGUCAGAUGAGCCUCUGGAUGAGUUGGACCUCAAGAAAUACAACACAUCAGAUGAGGGGAGAAGACGACUGAUACCAGCUGUGAUCAAUUGCAGAAAAGCUCAACUUUCUGGCUGUGAUCUCUCAGAUCAGCAUUGUGAAAUUGUGUCUUCAGCUCUACAAUCACUAAACUGUGUCCUGAGAGAGCUGGAUCUGAGUAACAAUCACCUGCAGGCCUCUGGUGUAAAGCUGAUUUCUGAUGGACUGAAGAGUCAAAACUGUCCGCUGCAGAUACUCAGUCUUGCUGGCUGUAAUCUCACUGCUCAGUGUUGUGAGAGUUUAUCAUCAGCUCUACAAUCCUCAAACUGUGUCCUGAAAGAGCUGGAUCUGAGUAGCAAUGACCUGCAGGACUCUUGCGUAAAAUUUAUUUCUGAUGGACUAAAGAGUCGUAACUGUCACCUGGAGAUAUUGAGGUUGUCAGGCUGUAUGGUGACGGAGCAAGGCUGUGGUUAUUUGUCUUCAGCUCUGAGUGAAAACCCCUCACACCUGAGAGAGCUGGAUCUGAGCUACAAUCAUCCAGGAGAUUCAGGAGUGCAGCUGCUCAAACACAAACUGGAGGAUCCAGACUACAAACUGCAGAUACUCAAUGUGGAUCAUGGAGGAGAGAACAUGAUGAGAGCGGGACUACGAAAAUAUGCCUGUGAUCUCACACUGGAUCCAAACACAGCAAACCCUCGACUCAUUCUCUCUGAGGAGAACAGGAAGAUCACAUGUGUGAAAGAUCAUCAGCCGUGUCCUGAUCAUCCAGACAGAUUUGAUAACGAUCCUCAGGUUCUGUGUGUUGGGAGUCUGACUGGACGCUGUUACUGGGAGACUGAAUGGAAGAGACGUGCCGAAAUAUCAGUGUCAUACACAGCUAUCAACAGGAAAGGAGGGAGUGAAUGUGAGUUUGGAUUCAAUGACAAGUCCUGGAGUCUGAACUGCUCUGAUAAAUUCUCUGUCUGUCACAACAAGAACGUCACUGAUAUACCUGCUGUGUGUUCAUCCUCCUCUAGUAGAGCAGGAGUGUAUGUGGACGUGUCGGCCGGCUCUCUGUCCUUCUACAGUGUCUCUGACACACACACACUCACACACUUACACACAUUUAACACCACAUUCACUGAAGCCCUCUGUGCUGGAUUUAGAGUUGAUUCUGAUUGUUCAGUGUCUCUGUGUGAUAUCAAAUGAUUUAGAGUCUCUCUGUAAAUCCUGAUGUUCACAUGCACACAAACGUAUCAAAUCUCACAUCGUUACAUUUAUAUUCAUUCGUUAUUAGUUAUUCUUUGUCUUAUAAAUCUUGGUGAGACAAACAUAAUGUUCUGAAUCUUUAAGAAAGUGGUGAAUACGUUAUCUUAAGUAUUUGUACAUUAAAAACCCUGUUAAUUUACAGUAAACAACUAGUGGCUAGAUUUGCCUGUAUAAUACAGUGAUUCUGCAGUACACUUACUGUUAUAUGUAACUGUUUAUUAUUAUACACUAAACAGUACUGUACUGUAGAAAAUAUAAGAUGUACAGCAUAACACUUUAGGUGUUUGAUUGCCAUUAUAAA